GAGACAAAGAAAGAUCAUCUUGGAGGUCAGGGCGCCUCCAUAUUGAUUGCAGGAGGUUUGGGCUUCUGGGAAGCUAAAAGCAGCAGAGACGUCAGUGUUUACGGAUCCAGGAGCACUUGCUUCUCCCAGCCCGAAAGUAGCUUAGCCCUCUGGGCUAACAAAGGGCUAGUUCACCGCUGUACGGCACAGAUUUAAAUAUGGCCUCCCCCAACAGGAUGUCAAGAGGGCGCAGCCAUCAUACCGCCCGUUAAAGUUCAGAAACCCAGAAUCCUGUUCGUUGGACGGUUGCCAGGUGGCGGCCGACAACCUCAAAGUCGUGACUGAGUCUGCGCACUGGCCAGUUGCGAUGGGAAGAGAUUAUACUGCGGUGAGGCACUGUGGUCCGGCUAUCAAUUUCGGGUUAUGGACGCGGAUCCAGGAGAAAUGGGAAAGGCCCUUUCUGGCAACAGGUAUGAUGUAUCCAUUUGUGACAACAUCCCAAGGGUGAGUCUGGUUUCUGGAAAUCUAGUCUGACCCCAUGGCAGCUAGGAUGGAGAUGACUUUGCCUGUGGUUAGAAAACAAAGAAUUUACUGAGUUACCUGAGUACCCUGUAUACCUGUGGGUCCCACCACCUCACUCAUAGCAGGGCAUCACAGGACCUUGGUCAAGUCUCCAGAAGGCCCUGCCUGGGGCUGCAGCUGAAGGACUCAAAUCUUUUUCCAAGAACAGCAGAAAAUGAUUGAGUACCAGCAGAGAACUGUGUCCUUCAAAGACGUGGUAGUAGGCUUCACCCAAGAGGAGUGGCACAGGCUGAAUCCUGCUCAGAGGGCACUGUACCGGGAUGUGAUGCUGGAGACCUACAGCAACCUUGUCUCCGUGGGUUAUGAAGGCACGAAACCUUAUGUGAUCCUCAAGCUAGAGCAGGAAGAAGCGCCAUGGAUUUGUGAGGCAGCAUGCUCAGGCUGCCACUGUCAGGAAAACAUUUGUCAAGUUAAUGUCCAGAGGAAAAGACAAGACAUGAUUUUGAAACAAGGUGCAUUCAUCAGCAAGAAAACAUUGCCCAAGGAAAGAAGCCAUGAAAACAAUAAGUUUGGGAAAAUACCACCUCUGAGCACUAAUCUUUCUCCUUCAAUUCAAAAUCCUAGUAACUGGGAUCCCUGUGGAAAGAGUGCAAACCAUAAUUUAGAUUUGAUUGGUUUUAAAAGAAACUAUUCAAAAAAGCAAGAUGAGUGCUGUGGUUGUGGGAAAUUGUUACAACAUACAAACCAUGAUAGAAGACCUAAUGGAGAAAAACUCUGGGAAUGCAGUCAUUGUGAGAAAGCUUUCAGCCACAACCCAGCACUUAUGUAUAAACCAGCAGUAACCAAUUCUCUUGCAUACAAACGUAAGAGGGUUCCACCUGCAGAGAAACCCCAUGUCUGUAGCGAAUGUGGGAAAGCCUUCUGCUACAAGUCUGAGUUCAUUAGGCAUCAGAGAAGUCACACUGGGGAGAAACCAUAUGGAUGCACUGACUGUGGGAAAGCCUUUUCACAUAAGUCAACCCUCAUUAAACAUCAGCGAAUUCACACUGGGGUAAGACCCUUUGAAUGUUUUUUCUGUGGGAAAGCCUUCACUCAGAAGUCACACCGCAGAGAACAUCAAAGAACACAUACUGGAGAGAGACCCUUUGUGUGCAGUGAAUGUGGGAAGUCAUUUGGCGAGAAGUCAUACCUCAAUGUACAUCGAAAAAUACACACAGGAGAAAGACCAUACCGUUGCAGAGAAUGUGGGAAAUCCUUCAGCCAAAAAUCAUGCCUCAAUAAACACUGGAGAACUCAUACAGGAGAAAAACCCUAUGGAUGCAGUGAAUGUGGCAAAGCUUUUUAUCAGAAGCCAAACCUAAGUAGACAUCAGAAAAUUCAUGCCAGAAAGAAUGCCUAUAGGAAUUAAAACCUGAUAAUUGUGAGAAAGCCUUAAGCAAGGUGUCCUAUUUCAUUAUAUGUGCAGGCAUUCAUUUUUAGGAGAAAUCUCAUGGAUUUAAUGAAUCUAGACAAAAUGUUUUACCAUAAGGAAAGUCUUGUUCUAAUUGUAGAAAUUUUUAUACAAAGAUUAUAGAAAAUACUUUAUAAAACAUAAACAUGGUCACUCUGGCUUAUGAAAGUUUAAAAGUAUGUUAAUGGAAUGACAACAGCAUACAGAAUAUAUGUGAAGAGAAUUGGUAUAUUAUGGUAUAUUCCACAGUGAGCCACAUAAUAAGCAUUAUUUAUAUUUUGGAAAUGUAAAUGUGAAUUUAAAUUGUGAAUAUCAAGUGUAUGUGUGUCACACAGUAUGUAGAAUGCUGUUCAACUUUUGCACUCUAAAUAUCAUCCCUGUCUUUUAGUGUCUUAACGAUAUAAAAAAAUGAUAAUAACAUUUGUUAAUGUUAAAAAGGCAAAGCUUAGGAAUAGUUUCACAACCAAUAUUGGAUGAACAAAACAUUAUAAACUUGAUUACUCAAUCCAGCCAUUAUUUGACAAAAACUAGUAUGGCCCUGGUAUAUUGUGCACCUCUUCUAUUUUCUUAGUCUUGCUUAACAUACCUUGCUGCAAAUUAAUAGGAAAGACACUGUUUAUAUGAGUCUUAUAAUUCAGAAAUGCUUCAUGCAGAGACCAAAGAAGGAGAUUUUUGUGUUUGUUUGUUUUCUUUUUGCAAAUUAAUCCAGCAACAUCCACUUCUCUUCCCUCUCAGUUUCCCUGUGAAUGUCCUAGGCACUAAAACCCAAAUCAUUUCAUCAUUCCAGUCUUUGAAAAAAGUCUGCUUCCCUGAGCUGCUGUGUCAUCCAAAUAAAACAAAUGGCCACGUUUUUCAAGAUUUGACUCCGUAUAAGAAUGCCUGAUCCAGAAUGAGAAAGGAAGCAAUCACCACGUGGAUAUUGUGUUUAUGAGAUGAAUCACUAAAUUCUACACCUGAAACUAAUAUUACACUGUAUGUUAACUAACUGGAAUUUAAAUAAAAACUUGGAAAAAAAAAAGAAACAUAAUCCCAGAUAAAGAUGUGAUUAUAAGAAUGAUAAAAGAUACUUCUUACCAAUUUAGAUCAACAUGCUUUAAUUUUUUUUUAGAUCAACAUGCUUUUAAAAGAGGAAAUAAAGGGACGCC